AUGCAGUCCAGUGUGACGCCUUUCGGAGCGAGCUACUACUUCUCCUCCAAAUCCUUGACCGUUGACGUCUACCAGAUCCUCGUUGACCGCGGCUGGAGAAGAUCCGGCACCAUCUUCUACAAGCCAGAUGUACUGCGACACUGCUGUCCGCACUACACGAUCCGUCUCCCCGUAGCUUCUUUCAAGCCCUCAAAGGAUCAGAGGAAAGCGGUCAAUCACUGGAACGAUCAUGUGCUAGGUGAGCAGUAUAUGAAAGAGGCCUCUAGGCUCUACCCGAUUUCCAAAGAGGAGAAAGCUCGACUCAAGAAUACUUUUGACCUUGCACGAGAAAUACACAAGGCCGAACUACAGAAUGUCAAGCAACCGCCUGAACCCGCACAUCGCUUCGAGGUGACACUCGAACCAGCGGCAUUUUCACCGGAAAAGUACGAGCUCUUCAAGAACUACCAGCAAAAUGUGCACAAAGAGAAGCCCCAUGAGAUAUCGCAAUCGGGCUUCAAACGCUUCCUAUGCGACUCCCCGUUGAAGAAGACUUCUCGCACCGUCGAUGGCAAAGAGCAACUUCUCGGCUCCUACCACCAAUGCUACCGACUGGAUGGACAAUUGGUUGCGAUGGGAGUUCUUGAUCUCCUCCCUCACUGUGUCAGCGGUGUAUAUAUGCUGUAUCAUUCAGACUUUGAGCAGUGGCAAUUUGGAAAGCUGAGUGCACUUCGCGAGGCUGCCCUUACACUCGAGGGUGGCUACCAGUAUUACUACAUGGGCUACUACAUUCACUCAUGCACGAAGAUGAAGUACAAGGGUGACUACAAGACUCAGCAUGUCCUAGAUCCAGAGACGUACGAAUGGCAUUCGUUGGACGAUGAGCUGCGUGGCUUGCUGGAUAAGAAACCUUACGUAUCCAUGGCUAGGGAGCGGAGGAGGAAGCUUGAGAAAGCGUUGAGCAAGGACGAGGGGGCGGAGGACCAUGUGGAGGAAAAGGAUGAUUACUCUGACUAUCCACUUCCAACAGCAGCCGAGGCUGGCAAUGCAGUCGCGAAAGGAAUGUCACUAUUCGAACUCAAGGUCCCAGGACUGAUGACAGCCGAGGAAAUUGAAGAAAAUCUCGAUCUCGCCACGAUGCCGAUUCGAGUGGGGAGCAGAAUGGCAGAAGCUCAGGAUCUUGUUUCUUGGGAAGGCAGCGAUCUUCGCAACCCAAAAUCCAUACAAGGUAUCAUUGGCGAGAUGGUUGCUUGUAUGGGGCCCGAGGUUGCGUGGCAGGUUGUGGUUCAGCUUGGAUAA